CUAACCUAACAUGAUCAGUCAAUAACAAAUCGCUCUAAAGUCAUGUUGAGCCACAUUGGAAGCGUUUUAAGGCAAGCUCGUGUAACAUUUACGUGUAGUAAGGACCUACUUUACCAGAAUAUCGAGAUUUUGAAGGCGUUAUUGGAUAAAACGACAUCGGAAGAUGUAAAUUUAAGCAGUCAGUUUCAAAGUGAGGAACUGUGGAAGAGACCCAAUAAAGCUCCAGUGUCUUAUAUUGAUAUUUUUGAGGAUGAUAAUUUUACCGUUGGUAUAUUUGUUUUACGGCCUGGCAUGAAAUUGCCUCUACAUGACCACCCUGAGAUGUUUGGUUUGAUUAAAGUAAUUAGUGGUAAAAUUAAAGUUAGGAGUUUUUCAAUGGUGCAAAAUGAGACUGGGGGUAGUAAAGGGUUUUUUAAGAAGACGUUUUUUAAGGACAGUGUGCUGAAAAGCAAUGUGGUUGUGGUAGAAAAAUGUGACGACAUUAUAUUAGACAAAAAUAGUGAAUCCUGUAUACUUGAGCCCGAUAUUAAAAAUCUACAUGAAAUAGAAAGUGUAGAUGGUCCGGCAGCUUUUAUUGAUAUUUUAUCACCCCCUUAUGAUACUGAAAUACCCUUAGUAGGGCCACGAAAGUGUAAUUAUUACAGUACUCUAUCACAGGUUUCACAGAAUGUUUUUAAGUUGCAAAAAGUUGGUUGUCCUUCAUGGUAUUGGACUGACUCUUUCCAAUACACAGGCCCUGAUUUGCCUACAGAAAUAAAGGCACAAGUUAACAAAUAAUGUUUAUGAAAUUUUAUUUAGGAUUGUUUGUGAUAAUAGUUAAAUUUUUGUAUUAAUCAUAAAAGAA